UUCCCUGCUCCUCCUCCUUCUCCAAUUCAACAACUGUCGCCACUUGCCAAGAGAUGCAAUGCCGUCAAUCUCGCCGAAGGCUUCCCCGAUUUCCCUGCUCCUCUCCACAUCAAGAACGCCACCAUCUCCGCCAUUGUUCCCGACUUCAAUCAAUACAGGCAUGUUCAAGGAAUUUGUGACGAUGUGGCAAAGAUUAUGAAACAUAUGCAUGGCUUAGAUUUCAACCCUCUAACGGAUAUAGCUAUUUGCUAUGGUCAAUCUGAGGCAUUUGCAGCAACAAUGUUUGCAAUAAUAGACAAAGGUGAUGAAGUUAUUUUUUUGGACUUGUUGUUGUUGUGGGGGUUCUCUGUCGUUACUGCUCUCGAACUCGCAGCAAUAGUUCUCUUUUCAAACCGUAGCAAUGGCGAACAGAGAACUAUGAGUUCGGCUGACGAGUCUAUAGCAAUGGGUCCUCUACCAAACAUCGAGCUUCACUCCUCCAACAAUGGCGAACAGAGAACUAUGAGUUCGCCUUCAAGGUCUGGAAGGAAGAAGUGGAUAUUUAAGGUCUUCACUUGCUCAUCAUCUUCAAGGGACGAGAAGGAGAAGGAAAACAAUCGCAAAACGCAAAAGCAAAAGCGAUUCCCAAAAAAAUCGAUCGCCGGAAAACCAGCGAACGGUGUCGGCAUCGGAAAGCGUGCGAAUAGAGCACAGGAGAUGAAGAAGAAGAAGACCUCCUUGCCGGUAGGCCCUCAUAAUUCAACUGGAAAAGUAUUCACCAAGGAUGAGCUUGAGACAAUUGAUGGAGCUUGCCACACCAGAGAUUGCCUAGCUAUAACUGAUGAAGUAUACGAGCAUAUUACUUAUGACAACGAGACACAUAUAUCCUUGGCCUCACUUCCGGGAAUGCAAAGGCAAACUAUCAUCACAUUUUCCUUGUCCAUGACUUACAGUGUUACAAGUUGGAGAAUUGGAUGGGUGGUUGCUCAUGCUUGUAUUGCAUCUGCAAUUAGAAGUAUCCAUACUAAAUUAAUGGACUCUGCUCCAGCACCUUUCCAAGAAGCUGCCUUGACUGCUUUGAGAAGCCCUUUAGAAUACUUUGAAUCGUUGAGAAAAGAUUAUGAAUCAAGAAGAAAUUACACUAUCGAGUUGUUUGCUGGGGUUGGCUUCCAAGUUCAAUUUAAGGCUCAAGGUUCAUUUUUUCUAUUUGCGAAGCUUCCUGAGAAUUGUGCGCUAUCUGACGUACGUGUCUUCUUUACCUAG